AGAAAAAAAAGAAAAAAAGAAAAAAGGGCGUCUGAAUCUCUCACUCGUCUCUCCCAUGGAGGAAAAUACUUUCGAACCUGAUCUUGUUCAUGCCAUUUUCAAGCUCGUCUGGUCCAGUAGAGCUCUCGAGCGUCAAAUGAUUGAAGGCACCGAUGCUUUGGACUGCGAGGUAGGAGCUGGAACAUCUAAGAAAAAUCGCCCCACAUCAGCUAAUGGGAAUGCCGUAAAACUGAGUUGUGAACUUCUCCGUAACUUUGUCAUAGAGGCUGUGCAGCGCGCUGCUACAAUUGCUGAAGCAGAGGGCGUGAGUAAGAUUGAAGCAACUCACUUGGAGCGGGUUCUCCCACAAUUGCUUUUGGAUUUUUGAGGUUUCAAAACUUGCCCGACUUGGAAGCAUCUACAAUAAGAAUGUUUCUUAGGAACCACAUCUUGUAUGAGACUGUUGUUUCGCUAAUACGGGCUCACUUUGCCAUUUUUAAGCUAGAGUACUCCCUUCUGUUUCUGUUGAAAAUCUUGAGAAAUGGGAGUUGCAAGGUUUAUGGCGUAUACGAGCAGGCCAUUUUGUUUUCUUUUCCUUUCUGUUAUAUAUGAGUAAACCGAAUUCGAUAUGUAGAUAUCCUAAUGACUCACUCUUGAUUGAAUGUAUACAUUCUUCCUUAUAUAUAUCCACAGGCUAUAAUUACAUA